UUUAUCAUGUACGAAGUAUGUAUGUGUAUUAGUGUGUCUACAUGAGCAUGUAACAUUCAUGGAAAGCUCAUAUAUAAUAAGCCCAAAUCAGAUCACCCCUCUCCAGUCCCACUACAUAUUAAUCAUAUGAUAAUCAUGUGUUUUCUUGACAAAACCCCAAAGUUAUAUUCCUCCUUCAUGGUUUUACUCUCUUUUGCUAUAAUAGCAAUGCAAUUAGGAGCUGUAAGUGCUGGCCAUAGAAAGGUUGUGAGGAUUCUUGAUUUGAUCCCAUCCAAUAACAAUGUCCAACCUUCAACAGGAGAAGUAUCAGUGCAUUGUCAGUCUAAAAACAACGAUUUAGGGGUUUGGAAUAUGACCCAAAAUACCCAGAAAGAAAUCCACUUCCGCCCCAACAUAUGGAAGACUACUCUCUUCUGGUGUGACUUUCGCUGGGGCACAAAGGCACAUGGCAUCAUCGUAUACGACGCCAAUGAUGUUUCGUGCGAUGGGGAAAGGUACUGUAAUUGGAAUGUGAAGACUGAUGGGUUUUACUUUGCCAAAGGGGAGUUUCCUAAAGAAACCGAUUUCACGAAGAAGUCUGAUUGGAGAGGCGCUAGGAAACACCAACGUAGCCACCACCGUGGGCGCGGGCGACACCACUAGAUCAGCGCAUGCGGCGGGUAGCCUAGUGUGCUAUUCUGCAAUGAAUAUAUAUAUAUAUAUAUAUAUAU